AGAUCUAAAAGAACUAGACCUAGCGGUGGUGCAGGAACCCAUACACCUUCUUUUAGAGGUAGUUUUGACUCUAUUCUGGGUUUUACUGAAGACUCUAAUCAGGGUUUUACUGAAGACCCUAAUCCGGGUUUUACUGAAGACCCUAAUAUGAAAUCAGUACCAUCAACAAGUUAUUUACUAUCUGGUUCCAAUAGAGGAAAUGCACCUAAUCCUGGUACACAGGAGAAUCCUGCACCUAAUUCUGGUAUACAUAGUGAAUCAGUUUCAAAUCCUGAUUUACAAGGAGAACAUUCUCCUAAUCCUGAUAAACAAGGUGAAUCUGAACCUAAUCCUG